AUGGACAUUUUGGAUGCCGAUGGGAGCGAUAGCAUCUCCUACCACGAGUUUAUCGCCGCCAUGCUGGACAGGAAGCACUACACGACUGACGCUUCUUGCUUGGCAGUUUUCCGCAUCUUCGACUCCAAUGGCGAUGGCAAGAUCAACCGCCAAGAGCUUCAACAAGCAAUGAAUUCUGAGGAGCUGGCUAUGGACAUGAGGAUUUUCCCAGCCAUUGAAGAG